UCUGGUCAAUUAAAACGUCCACCAAAGUAUAAAAAAAAGCAUGCAACAUGGAAACUACGUACAAGUUACCCCUUAGUUACGGCAAUCCUCUUUAAAGGCAACCUCUUCGCUCCUCAACUUCUAUUUUACUCUACCUAAAGACUUCACCGUUCAUGUCACUAUUCAGAUCAAAAAUGUACAAAACAAAGACGACCCUUCUCUGUUUCUCUCUAACGGCCGUCAUCCUUAUGGUCACAACUUCCUCCACCGCCACAGACAACCCAACUUACGCCGCCUCCACAGACACGUUCAUAUACGCAAAUUGUUCGCCGGCCAGAUUCUCUCAGGGCUCCGCAUACGAGACCAACCUCAAGUCCCUUCUUUCUUCCCUCGUCACCUCCACCGUCCUCAGCCCCUACAACAACCUGACUGUUCCCUUCGGUAGUGGAGUAAAACCCGAACCGGACGUUACCGUAUAUGGUCUCUUCCAGUGCAGCGUUGACCUAGACCCGACUUCUUGCUCAUCGUGCGUAUCACGCGCCAUCGCGCUGGUCGGAAACACGUGUCCCAACUCGUACUCCGUGUUCUUGCAGGUGCAAAAUUGUCUGGUCCGGUACGACAAGAGCUCCUUCUUUGGCGUCCAGGACAAAACGCUGAUGCUCAAGACAUGUGGACAGCCGAUGGGAUUUGACGACCAGGAUGCGUUGACCAGAGUCAGUGAUGUCAUCGGUUCUUUAGGUUCUGGAAGUGAACCGGGUAGGACAGGAGUGAACGGGGAUGUUCGGGGUAUGGCUCAGUGCACAGGGGAUCUAAGUCCAGCACAGUGUCAGGAUUGCUUGACCGAGGCAAUUGGACGGCUCAGAUCUGAUUGCUUAAUGGCCCAGGGAGGAUACGUUUACUUGUCCAAGUGCUACGCGCGUUUCAGCUUCGGUGGUAGUCAUGCACGUCAGACCCCAAACUCAAACUUUGGAGGAGAGAAAUAUGAUAAGGAUGAUGACAAUAAUAAUAUCGGGAAAACAUUGGUGAUAAUAAUAGGAAUUGCCACGUUAGUCAUCUUGCUCGUUGUGUUACUCGCUUUUCUUGGAAAGAAACUCAGAAAUUUACAAGAUGAUAAAUGCUGUAGAUGAAAGGAAAAGUGAGAAAUAGAUUAAUCAACAACUCGAGUCAAGCCACCACUGCUAGUUGUAUUUUCAAAAUUUUGUGACCUUGCAUGCUUCAUUAGAUGUAGUUUUAUUUCAACGAUUGUGUAUUCGACUUGAUCAUUUCCAUGUGUGCAGUGUCUUAUAACACAUACACACUAGAAAUAAAUGCAUGUGUCGAGAAUAAUGAACAUAGGAAACCGAAAAUUAGGAUGACGAUUUAAAACAAAAUCAUUUUGGUCGUCCUUAUCGUUAUUGUCUCUAAUGAGUGAUUUGAUCAUUUAAAAUGAUAAAUUAAAACUAUAAGCCGA